AAUGCAGGCUGAAUCUACAAAAUCUGGGCAGCCCUGAAAAAGUCCGUAUCAAAAAAUCCGUACAUUUAAUUUUAAAAACCCAAACCAUGGCAGGCUCUGUGGACACGAGGAAGCGAUCUCGCGAGGAGGAGCAAAACGAAUUUAUGCCACUGUCGAAACGCAUCAACAAUCUGCAUCUGAACAAUAAUCAAAGCAACCUGGGGGGCCCUAUUCCGGAGCAGCUCGCAACGGUAGCAAGCAAUGGGCAGUUUUCCAUCGGGGACCACCACCAACCGGACUAUGCUGGCCACCACCCAAAUCUUCACCACAUGCACCAGUUGCAUCACCAUGGCCACCAUCCGCACCAUCUGCUCGGGGUCAUGAACGGUGGCGCCAGCGGAAGCAACAGCAACAGUAGCAGCAGCGGAUCGCUCUCACUCGCGGCCAACAGUGGCAGCAACAGUCCCGCCUCGACCCAUGCCUCCACCAUAUCGAUUAACGGGGAAAUCCUCGGUGACUACUGCCCGGUGCUGAGUGCCGAGGAGAAUCCGCACUACUUCACUACUAACAAGGUUCUCUACGAUCUGUACGUCGAGCGGAUGAGACGGCUGCAGUGAUUUGCGAGGCGUAACGGUUAAGAACUAUUUACAUUUACUUUAUUCUACCUAACUUAUCGGAAUAUGUGUUUACGGAAUUCGUCGUGGCUUGUUUUAGUCUUUUUGGAACGGUAAAAUUAAGUAUCAACCACAGAGAGAGAGGGAGAGAGAGCUGGAAUGGAUUCUGUGUCGCACUUCCGUAUUCGUGGUUCCAAAAACCUCACAACAAAAACAUAACAACACCAGCAGUGGAAAAUAAUAAUAAUCCAAAGACGCUUCGAACCACUAGGACCCCAUUUUAAAGGGUAACGAGUGAAUCAAAAAUGAUGUGUGAAAUAAAAGA